AUGUCUUAUUUUAUUUUCAAGAGAUCGAGUAAUGGAUCCUUUUGCAUAUCUCAAUACAUUAGAACCAAAACCAGAACUUUUUCUUCCUUACAUCCUCUUGACAAUUUUCUAGAUUCCAAUCAGAACUCCAAGGUUUUUGAUCCUGGGUGUUCUUCGAUUUUGCAUAACUCACUGAAAAAGCCGUUUGGGUCCUUUUCUUUCCUUCCAAGUUCAAGCCUUUUGGGUUCACAAAAUCAACAUUCCUUGCGUUUAAAUCGAAAAGGCUGGAUCUGGGCAAGAGAAUUUGGUUCCCAGGCUGCUAUUGAACCAUGUACAUCUGAUGGACUCACAGUAGAUGGGAUUGCUAGCAGUAAGUGGACAAUUCUUGAGGAGAGUGAAAGUGAUUGGAAGAGCCAUGCUGCUGCAAUUGCUCAGUCCAUUCAAGUUAUCAAGAGACGCCUUCAGUGGAAGAAAUUGAUGGUUAGAUUGGAUUUGUUAUCUGCAGAGCUGAAUAAGCCUGACCUUUGGAAUGAUCCUGUCCAUGCUGGUAAGAUAAGCCGUGAACACGGCUCACUAAUGGGUAAAAUGAAAGAAGUGAAGGCGUUUGAGCAAGAAUUGCUUGAACAUAUAGAUAUGAUAAAACUUGCAAGGGAAGAGGAUGACACUGAGUUGGAAUCGGAAUCAAUGAAAGCAUUGCUGAGGAUGAGAAGAGAUUCAAAGGACAAGGAGCUUGAAGCUUUGUUAGCUGGAGAGCACGAUUCUUGCUCUUGUUAUAUAGAGGUACAAGCUGGAGCUGGAGGAACUGAGAGCAUGGAUUGGGCAGCAAUGGUUAUGCAAAUGUAUAAAACCUGGGCCCAACGGCGUGGCUAUGGAGUAACAGUAGUGGAUGAAAUGCCGGGUGAAAUUGCAGGCAUCAAGCGAGCAACUAUAAAAGUUGAUGGUGAAUACGCUUUUGGAUAUGCCAAAGCAGAAGUAGGAGUUCAUAGGUUAGUUCGUAUCUCACCUUUUGACAGUGGAAAACGCCGGCAUACUUCAUUUGCUGCUGUUGCUGUAAUUCCAAUCCUAGGUGAUGGAUCUUCUCGAGUACAAAUUAAUGAAUCUGACCUUCGUAUUGAACGGUUUCGUGCUGGGGGAGCCGGUGGUCAGCAUGUUAACACGACUGAGAGUGCUGUGAGAAUUGUCCACAUUCCCACAGGAGUAACUGCUACUUGUCAAAAUGAAAGAUCACAACAUCAGAAUAAGGCCUCAGCAAUGGCUGUGCUUCAGUCUCGAUUAGACCAGCUUGAGAUGGCUCGUCAAGCACAGAUGAAUUCCCAGCACACACAAUCUCUUACCGAGAUAAGUUGGGGCAACCAGAUACGUACUUACGUCCUUCAUCCUUAUCGCUUGGUGAAGGAUCUGAGGACCAAUUAUGAGGUCUCCGAUCCCGAUUCUGUGCUAGAGGGAGAUCUAGACAGCUUCAUCUUGAGCUAUUUAUCUGCUUCAUUGGACAAAGGUGAAGGUGAACAGUAAGAUUAGCUGCAAUGCAAAAGAUCUUGUUGGAAUAUUACAUCUACGCAUGGCUUGCAAGCUACUAGGUAGCUGUGGCAACACAGUCAUGCACGAGCUUUGCAUUUUCACAUCUAAGAUAUGAUGUAGUAGCUGAUUCUACAGAGCCAUUGGACCUUUGUGUAUUGUAUAUUCAUUACAAGGACUAAAGGAGAAUACUAACUCUUUUUUUUUUUUUUUUUUUGAAAUAAGGAGAAUACUAACAUGUGAUGGAGCCAUAUAAUUUGUAGUUCAAUGUAUUUAUUGUGGAUGCUUUUGUGGCCGAACUAGGAAAGGUCACUAGUUUCGGUUCUUUAAUUAAGGCAUAUGGUUUUAAAUUAUAA